GAAGGUCUGUAUCCCUUAAAUAGGCUAUGUUUCUUUCGAGAAGCGUUUGCACUUUCUGUGGAGGAAACUGAAGCUGCCAAAGCUCGAGAAUUCAAACCGAAACAAAAAAGAAAAAGAGCUCUUAAACCCCCAAAAUACCUAAAAAGAAAUGGCUCUGAAAUUCAACCCCAUCACUUUUCAAUCUCAGAAACUCCCUUCAUUUGCUCUUCCACCAAUGGCUGGCCUUAGGUCUCCCAAGUUUUUCAUGGCCUCUACUCUUCGUUCUGGUUCCAAAGAGGUCGAUCUCAAGAAGCCUUUCAUGCCUCCUAGGGAGGUGCAUGUUCAGGUCACACACUCGAUGCCCCCUCAGAAGAUUGAGAUCUUCAAAUCUUUGGAGGACUGGGCUGAGAACAACAUUCUAACUUACCUCAAACCAGUUGAGAAAUGUUGGCAACCCCAAGAUUUUCUUCCGGAUCCCGCGUCAGAUGGAUUUCAUGAGCAAGUAAAAGAACUUAGGGAAAGGGCAAAGGAGAUUCCAGAUGAUUACUUUGUUGUUUUGGUUGGCGACAUGAUCACGGAGGAAGCUCUUCCAACUUACCAAACAAUGCUUAAUACCUUAGAUGGAGUUCGUGAUGAAACAGGCGCUAGCCUUACUCCUUGGGCAAUUUGGACAAGGGCUUGGACUGCUGAAGAAAACAGGCAUGGUGAUCUACUUAAUAAGUAUCUCUACUUGUCCGGAAGGGUCGACAUGAGGCAAAUUGAGAAGACAAUCCAGUAUUUGAUUGGAUCAGGAAUGGAUCCACGUACUGAGAAUAAUCCUUAUCUGGGAUUCAUCUACACAUCAUUCCAAGAAAGGGCAACUUUCAUCUCCCAUGGGAAUACAGCCCGGCUCGCAAAGGAGCAUGGUGACAUCAAGUUGGCUCAGAUAUGCGGUAACAUUGCCUCUGAUGAAAAGCGCCACGAGACUGCAUAUACUAAAAUCGUUGAAAAGCUCUUUGAGAUCGAUCCCGACGGAACAGUCCUGGCUUUUGCUGACAUGAUGAGGAAGAAAAUCUCCAUGCCAGCACACUUGAUGUAUGAUGGCCAAGAUGACAAUCUUUUUGAUAAUUUCUCAGCUGUUGCACAGAGACUUGGUGUUUACACUGCCAGAGACUAUGCUGAUAUACUAGAGUUCCUGGUGAACAAAUGGAAUGUGACGGAGUUAACUGGACUUUCAGCCGAUGGGCGUAAAGCUCAGGAUUAUGUGUGCGGACUUCCGCCAAGAAUUCGAAGGCUGGAAGAGAGAGCUCAAGGAAGGGCCAAGGAAGCACCCAGGGUUCCAUUCAGCUGGAUAUUUGAUAGAGAAGUCCAGCUCUAAGGCUUUUUUAAGUUUUCUGAUGAUGAAAAAUGGUGAUUUCAGUUUCCUGCAACAGAAGUAGAAGUUUUCAACAUGCAAUUUCUCUUUUUAAAUUCCCCCAUGUAAUGUUGCUUGAACAAGUUUCAGUUAAUCAGAUUCAAGUUAAAAGUUUUAAACUGGAUAAAUAA